CAUCCUCUCUCAAUCUCUGUCUCCCCCCACCCUGUCUCUUCCUUCCUCCCUCCCUCCCUCUCCCUCCCUCCCUUUCUCCCUCCCUCCUUCCUUCUCUUUUACUCGGAGACAGUCAGAACUCUCCUCCCUGACAGCCACAAACCUACAGCACUGACUGCAUUUCAGAGAGAGAACCUGCAAACAAAACUUCACAGAAAACUUUUUGCUCUUGUUCCAGAGAAUUUGCUGAAGAGGAGAAGGAAAAAAAAGAGUCCAAAAAACCUGUGCGUGAGGGGUGGGGAGGAAAAGCAGGGCCUUUGAAGAAGGCAACCACACGACUUUUGCUGCCAGGAUGCCCUUGCUUUGGCUGAGAGGAUUUCUGUUGGCAAGUUGCUGGAUUAUAGUGAGGAGUUCCCCCACCCCAGGAUCCGAGGGGCACGGCUCAGCCCCGGACUGCCCGUCCUGUGCGCUGGCCACCCUUCCGAAAGAUGGACCUAACUCUCAGCCAGAAAUGGUAGAGGCUGUCAAGAAGCACAUCUUAAACAUGCUGCACUUGAAGAAGAGACCCGAUGUCACCCAGCCGGUGCCCAAGGCGGCGCUUCUCAACGCGAUCAGAAAGCUUCAUGUGGGUAAAGUGGGGGAGAACGGGUAUGUGGAGAUAGAGGACGACAUUGGCAGGAGGGCCGAAAUGAAUGAACUCAUGGAGCAGACCUCGGAGAUCAUCACCUUUGCCGAGUCAGGCACAGCCAGGAAGACACUGCACUUUGAGAUUUCCAAGGAAGGCAGUGACCUGUCAGUAGUGGAGCGAGCAGAAGUCUGGCUCUUUCUGAAAGUCCCCAAGGCCAACAGAACCAGGACCAAAGUCACCAUCCGUCUGUUUCAGCAGCAGAAGCACCCACAGGGCAGCUUGGACAUGGGGGAUGAGGCCGAGGAAAUGGGCUUAAAGGGGGAGAGGAGUGAACUGUUGCUAUCUGAGAAAGUAGUUGAUGCUCGGAAGAGUACCUGGCACAUCUUUCCAGUGUCUAGCAGCAUCCAGCGCCUGCUGGACCAGGGAAAGAGUUCCCUGGAUGUGCGGAUUGCUUGUGAACAGUGCCAGGAGAGUGGUGCCAGUCUCGUGCUCCUAGGCAAGAAGAAGAAGAAAGAGGUGGAUGGAGAUGGGAAGAGGAAAGAUGGAAGUGACGGAGGGCUGGAAGAGGAAAAGGAGCAGUCACACAGACCUUUCCUCAUGCUGCAGGCUAGGCAAUCUGAAGACCAUCCUCAUCGUAGGCGUAGGCGGGGCUUGGAGUGUGAUGGCAAGGUCAACAUUUGCUGUAAGAAACAGUUCUUUGUCAGCUUCAAGGACAUUGGCUGGAAUGACUGGAUCAUUGCUCCCUCUGGCUAUCAUGCCAACUAUUGUGAGGGUGAGUGCCCAAGCCAUAUAGCAGGCACUUCUGGGUCCUCGCUCUCCUUCCAUUCAACAGUCAUUAACCACUACCGCAUGAGGGGUCACAGCCCCUUUGCCAACCUUAAGUCAUGCUGUGUGCCCACCAAGCUGAGACCCAUGUCCAUGCUGUAUUAUGAUGAUGGUCAAAACAUCAUCAAAAAGGACAUUCAGAACAUGAUUGUGGAGGAGUGUGGCUGCUCCUAGAGUUGCCAGGUCCCAGAGGAAAUGGAUCUAGAGAGUCCAGAGAAGACAGUGGCAAAAUGAAGAAAAAAUAUAAGAUUUCUGAACUAAACAAAACAACCAGAAAAAUAGAAAUAAUAAUAAUAAUAAAAACCCACAAAAAAAAACUAAA